CGUUCGGCGACAUAAUUUGCUUGGGGAUCGAAGUAGCCAUGGGAGACUUUAAGCAUCUGGUUAUCGUCAAGUUCAAAGAAGACAUCGUAAUUGAAGAGAUUCUCAAGGGAUUGGAGAAGCUGGCUUUGGAGAUCGAAGCUGUCAAGUCCUUUGAAUGGGGACAAGACAUGGAAGGGCAAGAGAUGCUUAGACAAGGUUUCACUCAUGCGUUCCUGAUGUCAUUCCACAAGAAGGAGGACUUCACUGCCUUUCUCGGUCAUUCGAAUCACCUAGAGUUCUCCUCUACAUUUUCCUCAGCUAUCGAGAAGGUCGUUGUGCUCGAUUUCCCCGCCGUUCUUGUGAAAUCGCCAGCAUGAUCGCGAUAGUCCUCUGUGCAAUGUGUGUGAUAGCGUAUGUGUGUACUCAGUUACUCGUCCGGUCUGGAUAGAACCCGAUCUACCUACAGACCCUGUUUUGUCUGAAUGCUUCCUGUAAUGUAUUUUGGAUCAUAUGCUUUUGAUGAAUAGACAGUAAGAUUGGUACUGCUAA